AUGAGAGGGGGCAGACGAAGGCGGAAAGAUUCCAUACCUGAGCGACCCUCUGUCGACCCUCGACAGUUCACAGCCACCACCAAUCACCGCGAUGGCAGACACUUUGACGCAAGCUUCUGCAGCAGCCACCCUUCCUUCUCCUCAUCCGGCAUCGGCCGCGCCACCUCCUCCAUUCCCGUCAACGAUCGCUCGUCCCAAUCCAACGCCAUCCGUACCAUCAACACUUAUCUUUCCUCCCACUCCUUCCCCUUCUCCCUCCGCCCCCCGCUCCCCUCCGUCAAAGAUAUUACCGAGACCCUCCGUUUCCUCUGCCACCGUCUCGAUUGGCCCGAUCUUAACAAACCCGAAGAAGACCUCCCUCUCCUACUAAAACACCUAAAUUGCCCUAUCAAACUCAACAAAUCCGCCCUCAAAGCCCCCGGUACCCCUCAUACUGGGCCCUCCCUCCUCGCCGUCAUCCACUGGCUUGUCCAGAUCGCUCUCUACAGCGAUCAUGUCUCCUCUUCAGACUCCAACACUAGCAAUUUUCUCGGUGACAACAAGCUCCUUCUCUAUGCGCUCGACAGCUACUCGCUCUAUAUCCGUGGUGAAGACGAUGCCGUCGAUGACCUGGACCACGAAUUCACUGAGAAGAUGGAGCAGGAGAAGAAUGCCGCUGCCGAGAAGGUUAGGUUAAUGGAGGGAGAGGUCGUGAAUCUCACGGCCGAGAUUGAAGCACUGAGGACGGCGCCGUCCGCGAGUGUAGAGCGAGAGAAAGAUAAGUCACUGUUGGAGAAGGAUGUUCAGAAAUUUCAUACUAUUAUUGAGGAGAUCUCGAACGGGAUUUUACUGGUGGAGACGGCUUUGAAGGAGAAGGAGAAAGAGUUGGAGACAGGUUAA